UUUUCUAAUUCAAAUGUGGCUUUAGACAUGUUGGUGCUUAUCAGCAGGUGGUGUGUUCUCAUGUGGGAGCUGCAGGAACAUGGAUGGGGUGUGGUUUAUAUUAAUGGAUACCAACAAAAUUCAGGGUCAAUCAUGUGAAAUACACCUAUAAAUGCCAGUGUAGCACAAAGCUACCAGACAGGGACUUGAACCAAGGUCGAUUCACAGUUAUGUUCUUGCUCAUUAGUUGUUUUGCUCUUGUGGCCUCCACACUGGGGUGUGGAGUGCCUGCUAUUAGGCCCCAGGUGAGUGGAUACAACAAGAUUGUGAAUGGUGAGAACGCCGUGUCCGGUUCCUGGCCCUGGCAGGUUUCUCUUCAGGAUGGCAGUGGAUUUCACUUCUGCGGAGGAUCACUGAUCAACCAGUAUUGGGUUGUCACAGCUGCUCACUGUCGCGUGUCUCCAUCAAACCACCGUGUGAUCCUGGGUGAGCACGAUCGGCAGUACAAUAGUGAGCCCAUUCAGGUCAAGUCUAUUUCCAGGGCCAUUACCCACCCUUAUUACAACUCAAACACCUUCAACAAUGACAUCACACUUCUGAGGCUCUCCUCCCCAGCACAGUUGAAUUCCCGUGUAUCUCCGGUGUGCCUCAUGUCCUCCGGCAGCAGCAUCCCCUCUGGAACCAGAUGUGUCACCACUGGAUGGGGCAGAACAGGACAAACCUCAAGCCCUCGUUUCCUGCAACAGACCUCCUUGCCUCUGCUCACCCCUGCUCAGUGCAGAAACUACUGGGGUUACAACAGAAUUACCGAUGCCAUGAUCUGUGCUGGUGCAUCUGGAGUGUCCUCCUGCCAGGGUGACUCUGGCGGCCCACUGGUGUGUGAAAGCAGUGGUGUGUGGUACCUUGUGGGUAUUGUGUCCUGGGGCACCAGCAACUGCAACGUGUAUACCCCAGCAGUGUACGCCCGUGUGUCCUACCUGCGCAGCUGGAUCGACCAGACCCUUGCCUCUAACUAAUCAGCGGCAUACUAAUACCAGCCUGUGAUUGUGUAACACUGAGAAUAAAACCCCCCGUCCCACAGUGGUGCUGUUUGGUGCAGUUCCAAGAAAUCCAGCGAUUAAAAUCUUGAAGCUGA